AUUCCGGACAUUAUUGUGAGCUCUUCGCCUCUCAGCAGCCUCCUGUGCUAUCAUGUAUGUUUCCAACCACAGGGAGUGCUACCCAGGGGUAAGAUGCCCAACUCCCUGCGGGAGAGGAAUGCCCAGGUUAACAAGCUGGUUCAGGAGGCUGUGUCCUCUCUCCCCCACGCCUCCCUCCUCAAUGUGGACCCCGGCUUGGUGCACUCGGACGGCAGCAUCUCCCACCAGGACCUGUAUGACUACCUCCACCUCACCCCGCAGGGCUACCAGGCUGUGUGCCAGCCGCUACACGCCCACCUCAAGGGCCUGCUGGAGAAACAGGCUGAUAACUGAAGGCCAAAGACCAACUGAUGGAGAACUGAUGGCCAAUGACCAAAUGACUCACUACAUCAGAGGUAAAAACACUGGUCCUGGAGAGCCACAAGAGUACAGGCUUUUAGCACAUUCACUACUUUAAUAAGAACACUUAGUAUUUUAGUACAGCCUUUUGUUCCAUCCCAUGAUUCAAAUAAUAUCUAGUCCUUGAUUGGUUGAAUCACGUUUUAUGUUUUA